AUGAUGGAGGCACAACAAUUGAUUAAAUCAAUAGAGGAUAAGAAGAAGAUGAGACAGAAGCAACAUGAGAAGAAUAAUCAACUAAAGAAGUUACAAAAGGAGCAGAAUGAGAGAGAGCGCGAACAGAGGGAGCUCAGAGAGAAGCUGGGAUUGCCCGCACCCAACGCGACCACUACGACAACGACAACAACAACUACCACGACCGCCGCAUCAACUGAAGCGACUGAAGAUGAGACCAAAGUUGACGGCGAUGAUGAACAAACAACGAUCAUUGACAAAAAGAGCAAGAAGACAAAGAAACAACAAGAUAAGGAGGAUGCCAAGAAGGCUGGACAUGACGCAGAGACUGAUUAUAAGGAGGAGAAGUACAAGUUGGAGGUUAUGCUUGGAAUGAGAGCACCAAAGCCAAACUCAGAGUUGUUGGAGGAUGAGGAGGGAGAGGAGGAGCAUGCCGACACUGACAAGAAGAAGAGAAAGAAGAGAAAGAAGGGCGAGAAGAUCAAGACGAUCGAUGCCGAGGCCAAGGCAAAGAGCGAUGCUCCCGAGGACAACCUCAAGAACAUCCAACAAAUGAAGGGAGAAUCCAUCACCAAGUACAAGAAGCGUCUAUUCAACGAGAUUGUAGAGGAUAAGAGGAAGAAGUCAACGACCUAUCAGAAGAGGAAGGAGUUCAUGAAGGAGAAGAAGCUAACAGAGAAGCUGAAGAAGAAGGAGAAGAGAUUGGGCAUUGAUAGUGAUGACGAGGAUGAGUUUGAUGAACAACAGGUGCAACAGGAGCAACAACAACAGAAUGGUGGCGCGACAAAGAAGCGAAGAGUGAAGGACUUCUCAGAGCUGAAGGAUGAUCUGAAGUUUGGCGAGCAAGCCGAACGCCCACCAACACUGCCCGCCAUAAAGGAUCUGGCCGCCAAGAAGCUGGCCAACUCCAAGGCGUCGGCACAGAGAAGCUACCUGUGGCAGCAGCAGCAGGCCAACAAUGGCGAGGAGGAGGACGACGAGCAGAAGGCCGCCAGGGAGCAGCUGCGACUGCAACAGCGCAGAGACGAUAUACAGAAGCAGCGAUUCGAGAACUUGAGGAGCAAGGUCAUCGAGAACUAUCGCCAGUCCAAGAAGAUCAAGAGGCAGCGCGAGGCUAUUCAGUCUAAUAAUGCCGAUGGUGAGAAGACGAAUAAACAACCAAAGUUCUAUCUUUAG